AUGGAUGCAUUACCGACUGUUUCCGACAUUCACGCCAGCCCCAAAACGGGCGGGGUUAGUUCCCAAGUGGAAGGAUUCCAGACCGCCUUCCUAUCGACAAACGCGGCUCUCCGGCCUGGCCAAUCGCCCCAAAGCUUCCGUGCUUAUGCCCUCGGAGACUUGAAGAGGAGUAAGGUACCUUACUCACCUACUAGGACUAGUACCUUGGUUCCUAGUACCUCCUGCAGUAGCACCUCACAGGUGCUUGGUGCCAGUCUCCAAAAUUCUCAAUGUUGCCUCCCACGGUGGACAAACAUCCAAGCAUCAUCACCGAUGAUGACGCCUGAUGACUGGAUGCCCCAAGUUGGGCCGCGGAAGUACUUCCUCGAACCCCUGCGCCCAAAGAUCACCAGCCACCAUAGAACCAUGGACUUUGCUGGCGGCCAAGAAGAAUCGGCGUUGGUCACGGUGGAGAAGGAUCCUGGAGAUACCGGAGACAAAGACAACCAGGAAAGAAAAGCCCACCACGCAGGUGAUGGUGGGUUCUGGCGGCAACGGAAAGACGCGGACGCCAAUGCACGGGGCCGCUGA